AUGAAACGAUUAUGCUGGCCAAAUACAAUAGAAUUAAGUUUAAGUAUUAAACAUUCAAAUGAAAUAAUGUUUUUUUUUCGAAAUGGUGCUUUGCCGUCAAUUGAACAUUUAAAUAUUACUAAUGAGGGAAUAUAUAGUAUUUUGCCAGAACAUAAAAAUAAAUCAAUAUCAAAUAUUUCAUUUGAUAAAAAUCAAUUAAAUAAAAUAGUUGAUGGUACUCAAUUAAAAUCAUUAUUUUUACGUUAUAUAUUUCUUAAUGAUCUUAUUAUAUUAAUGAAUUCAUUAACUAUGUCUUUACUUGAAAAAUUCAUACUUAUUGAUUUAUAUGAUCAUACACUAGAUCAUCUUAGCAGAUUUCAACAAGUCUGUGAUUCUCAACAUUUACCCUCUCUAAAAAAUCUCUACUUUUCAUUUUGUUUUCCCAAAGAGAUUGAAGAGGCAUGGCGAAUAAGUCCAUUCAGUUCCAAUGGUGAAUGGCCUUUUGACAAUAUUGAUUAUUAUGUAGAUGAAACUUUGUUUUUGGACGAUAAUGGAGUAUCUAUUGUCAAAAGAAGUCAAUUCAUUAUCUAUAAACGUCCGAUCAAUAUUCUAUUAGAAUACAAGCGAACUUUACAUAAUCAUCGUUUUGCAAGACAUGCAUCUAUGCCGAUAAUUACAAAUCGACGACGAUCACUCCAACUGACUUGCAAUGAAAUGGGCAAUCCUGAUCAGUUACUCAAAACUUUGCAAAUAGUUGGAAGCAGUCAUCUGAACAAACUCGAGUUGAUAUAUCGAGAUGAUUUGAUAAAUGUCCCGAUGAUAUCAAAUUAUCCUUCUAGUUGUCAUUUGUUGCUUAAUCAUCUACGAUCCAUGAUUUUUCAAUUCAAAACAGAACGAAUAAAACAAGCAGAACGUGUUUAUAUAGUGAAACAAAUACUUGAUUCGUCGCCAAAUCUUUCGCAUAUUGAAAUUGAGUGGAACGAUUUUCGUCAUUGUUCUCAAAGAUAUUCAAAUCUUCAACAUGUGCAUCUCUUAUUAGAUCGAUUAUGUCGUCACGCUAAAGAACCUUUUGAUAUCGAUCGAUUAAAUGAAUUAGCACCUAAUCUAUGUUGUCUUGAAAUAAGUGGUGCAUAUCUUAUCUUCAAUGAAAAUCUUCUUCAGUUUAUUUUCAAAAUUAUUCAUCGAUUUGAUCAACUAGUUUGUUUAACAUUAAAUAAAAACGACCUUUAUAAAUCUAAAGACGCCAAAAAAAUUCUCUUUAAAGAAAGAUUAAUAGAAAUUGAUAAUGGUCGAUUAUUUCAUUCUAAAGAUAUUCAAAUUAGAUUUCCUCAAUUAGACAAAUUAUAUAUUUGGAUUUAA